AUGGCCCUCCUUUGUUUGAACCAAAGUGGCAUGGCACUUUUUAUUUUAAUUUCUUCUAACACCAAGCAAUCCAUCCAUCCAUCUCUCUCUCUUUCCUCUUUACAAAAAAUAACUCUUCCUUAGUACAGAAAAUCCACCGAACCUACUCCAUUGACACUCUUAGACCAGGAACCAGCGGUCCAUUCCUUUGACUUACUUUAACGUCCGCCAUGGCAUAUAUCGAUUUCGGCCUAGUUCUGGCGCAGCCCUUUUUCCUGUGCUCGCUGAUUCUCUUUGUAAUUGGCUGGCUCAUCACGUUUGUUGCCGCGUGCACGAUCGGAUCCACCAUCCACUUGGUUUGGGUGGAAACCUUCUACAAUCUCUUCAUCCUGCUCGGAGCCACCUUGGCCGUCGCAACAGAGGCUGUCCAUAACUACCGCCUCGUGAUCUUGACGUUCAUUGCCGGAUCCUUGUCCCUCCUUUUUAUCUGCAUCGAAUCAACCAUCAACAUCAGAUCCAACAAGUACAGCGCUGUAGGAUCUGGUUUCAUCUUCCAGUCCCUUGUCUUGAUCUUCUGGGUGAUCUAUUUCGGUGCGGAGGAGGACUCUCUUGCGAAGCGCACGAUCAACGGAUUCACCAUCCCACGCACGCCUGGCGUUGCCGGCAACAAUGCGGCUGUAUCGAAUGGAGUUGCGCACCACGGUGCUAUUUCGCCCAACCAACAGGCUCAGGACAACUUGAGCUCGGUUGUGGUGGUACCGUCGCAGGAGUACGCCUACAAGGCUCGCGCCCUGUACUCGUACGAUGCCAACCCCGAGGACAACAAUGAACUCAGCUUUGUGAAGGGUGAGGUCCUGGACAUUGUCGACAACAAGGGCAAGUGGUGGCAGGCACGUAAGCAGGACGGCAUUGUCGGUAUCGCACCUAGCAAUUAUCUUCAGCUCAUUUAAAGGUCACAACAAAAGCAACAACAACAAGAAGAAGAGGAAGAAGAAAGAAGAAGUAGAAAAAGAAAUCGGUAGGAGAGUGUCCUCUUUGCUUUCUGGAAGCGAUUUUUUUUUUCUCUCUCUAUUUUUCUUUUUUUUUUUUCUUCUUCUUAUUUU